AUGCAAAGGCAGCUACAAAGAGAUCCGGAGAAAUACGGUCUUUACCAUAAGUACAUGGAAGCUUUCUUGGCAGCCAACCACAUCUCAAGGAUUCCCCCGGAUCCAGAUCAUCCGAAGAUCAUCUAUGUGGCACACCACGGAGUCACCAAAGCAGACAGCAGCACAACGAAGCUUCGUGUAGUGGUCAACGCUGCACAAAAAUCAUCAAACGGCCUGUCACUCAACGAUCUGUUGGCAACCGGUCCCAUCGUGCAGGACACGCUUUACAACCUGCUCAUCAACUUCCGUUUGCACGCCGUUGUGAUUACGGGAGACAUUGAAAAGAUGUAUCUGCAGAUACGUGUAACCGAAGACGACAGCAAGCUCAUCCGAAUGCUGUGGCAGGAGCCAGGACAACCGCUGGCUGAAUACGGAAUCAACACCGUUACAUUUGGCAUGUCUUGUGCGCCGUAUCUAGCCACCAGAACAUUGAACCAGCUAGCAGAGGAUGAAGGUCACGAGUUUCCGCUAGCAAAGGAUGCGAUUGAAGACUUUUACGUCGGUGCUGCCACACGCGAAGAAGCGAUCGAGAAGCGCCGUCAAGUUUCCGCCAUGCUGCAACGAGGAGGUUUUGUCAUCCGAAAAUGGGCCUCCAACGACAAGGAAGUGCUGGCAGAGAUACCUCCAGAAGACCAGGCAGUGAAUCCUGUCCACACAGUCGACUGUCAAGACACCAUCAAGACCCUUGGCAUUCAGUGGCAGUAUCGGGAAGAUCUCCUCACCUUUAAGGCAGCGUGCGACCCCAUCAAGGAGUAUUUCACAAAACGUGAGGUACUCUCCACUAUUGCCAAAAUUUUCGACCCACUUGGACUGAUUGGUCCUGUAGUCGUCAUAGCAAAAAUGCUGAUGCAGGAACUGUGGAAGAUCCAAGUCGAUUGGUCGGAGCCGUUGCCGAACCAGUUCAACCACCGGUGGCGAACGUAUUUAAUGCACCUACAAGACGUCUGGCGAAUCAGGAUACCUCGUCGCUGCAUCGGCAUCAGCGACCCAGUGCAGUAUCAGCUUCAUGGCUUCUGCGAUGCUUCGCUUGAAGUCUACGGUGCAGCUGUCUAUCUCAUUGCCAUUGACGUGAACGGCAACUACAGCUCGUGUCUGCUCGGCUCGAAGUCUCGGGUGGCACCAAUAAACAAGCCGUCUCUUCCUCGAUUGGAGCUUUGUGCAGCAGCGUUGUUGGCUGAAUUAGUCAAGGCCAUGAAAGCAUCACUUCGAAUUCCAAUCCAUCGAACAAUAGGGCAUAGCGACUCAACAACCACACUAGCAUGGAUCGCCGGGGACUCUGCUCGGUGGAAAAUAUUUGUAGCCAACCGGGUAGCUGCAAUCAACUUAGUCAUCCCAGAAUCGGAUUGGAGACAUGUACCAACAAAGGUGAACCCAGCCGAUCUUCUCACGCACGGAGUAGCACCAUGCGUACUAGCAACGUCUAAACUUUGGUGGCAUGGACCAGACUGGAAGGUUAUCACCGACACUCUAAUCUUGCCGAAUAUUACCGCAAAGGAACGAGAAAUUGUUGACAACGAAGUUCGACGUCAGCAGCCGAUCCUCGCAUAUAUUAUGACGACCAGUGACGUGAUCGAUGAUUUGGCUAACCGAUUUUCGUCAUACUACAAGCUAAUCCGGGUGACAGCGUGGAUAAUCCGAUUCGGAGAAAACUGUCAACUCGAACGCAGUCAACGGAUUACUGGGCCUCUAUCAGUAGCAGAAGUAUUAUCAGCGCGAAAUCUCUUAGUCCGGUAUACGCAGCACCAAGCCUAUGCUGCGGAAAUAACGGCACUGGAAAAGGGACUACAAUUACCACACCGAAGCAAGAUUCUUGCUUUAAGUCCAUUUAUCGAAAGCUCUCUCCUCAGGGUGGGCGGCCGACUCGCCAGAUCUGAUUUGGAAUAUAAUGCGAAACAUCCGUUAAUCAUCCCGGCGGAAAGCAGACUAGCAACCUUAAUAUUCCAACAUGAACACAUCCGCAACCAUCAUUUGGGACCAACCUCGUUACUUGCUUCCGUCAGGUCCUUAUACUGGGUUCCACAAGGCAGAAAGUUGGCGAGGAACACAGUUUGGAGGUGCAUCCCAUGUCACAGGAACAAUCCAAAUCGUGGCAUGCUACAGCAGAUCAUGGGACAACUUCCACAACAACGGCUAACUCAAGCACCACCAUUCUACCACUGUGGAGUGGACUAUGCGGGACCAAUCACGUUAGUUGAGAGAAGAUGUAGAGGCUCACCAACAACGAAAGGCUACAUUGCCAUCUUUGUAUGCUUUGUAACUAAGGCAGUCCACAUUGAAGCGGUUUCAAAACUCUCCACCAGGGCUUUCUUAGCAGCUAUGCGGCGAUUUCUAGCUAGAAGAGGGCAUUGCGGACACAUGUACAGUGACAAUGGCACCAAUUUCACUGGCGCUGUCAACGAAAUGCGCAACUGGUAUCGGAAGAUAAAUUCAUCCGAACACAACAAUCGGGUGGCAAAUUUGCUAUCAACGGGUGGAACGCAAUGGCACUUCAACCCACCUGGCUCGCCGCAUAUGGGAGGACUAUGGGAAGCAGCAGUGAAAUCAGCAAAACAUCAUCUCAACAUCGUGUCACGAAAUGCUCGUCUCACAUUCGAAGAGUUUGCUACGUUGCUCACUGAGAUUGAGGGAAUUCUCAAUUCACGUCCCAUUUCACCAGCUUCAAACGACCCAAACGAUUUGCAACCACUUACUCCGGGACAUUUCUUGAUUGGGAGACCCAUAACAGCAAUCAACGAUCAAGAUUACCAACCAAGCUCCGACGAACCGUACGAUGUAAGAUUUCGCUACAUUCACGAUCUGCGUCAACAUUUCUGGGAUCGCUGGAGCAAGGAAUACAUCCCAGAGCUUCAAAUAAAAGGCAAAUGGCAUCGAAUGACCAACCUGGUGCACGAAAAUGAUCUGGUGCUGGUGAAACAUUCGAAAUUACCAAUAAAUCAGUGGAUCAUCGGAAGAAUUCUUCGUCUGCAUCAAGCACCUGACGGAAACCCCAGAUUAGCAACCAUAAAAACAUCAACCGGCGAGAUUGUCCAGUCCAUCCAUAAUCUGAGCAAGUUACCAGUAAGUCCUGAAAAUUAA